UACUAUUGAGCAAGGAAAAAGCGAGAGAGAGAGAGAGAGAGAGGGUGAGUUAGUAAAUGCUGUUUACAGUCGAGUAUCAUGGAAUCACAGCAAAGUCCACUGGUAGCAGGGAUAAAGAAAACCUUGAACUAACCAAUGAAUUAAGGAGAAUAAGAGAACAGACACUACGGAGAGAAAAGAGAAGUGAGUCUGGUCUUUCAUCCUCUUAUCUGGGCAUCAGACGGAGGAGAGGAAUCCAGAGAGAGGGGGAACGGAUGAUAACGGGGUGCUCAUUCCUGUUUAACACCAUUCUACCCGGAACAGACUGCAACAUAUGGCCGGCAUCGUCAUUGGGACUGCUGCGUUACAUUGGGAUUGUGUAAAUGGUAUACACGUGCCAGUGUGUGUGUCUGUGAGCUGAUAAUAGCUACCCUAUUGGUAUUCUGAGGAGGGAGCUCCAGGAUCUCUCUCUGCUCCUACCCAGGAUGGCAUCACAGAGACGGGAUUGUGCUCGCCUGUGGAGAGGCCACUGGAAUAGGUGGCAAGCAGGCAGCCAGCAGACCGUUCUCCAUGAGGAGCAGUAGAAGAUGCCGGCUCUGCCAGCGCUGCUGCUGUCGAUACACUUCUCCUCCUUCUUGCUAGUUACCAUGGCACCACGCUCCGGAAGCCAGGCCACCCUGCUCUCCUCCGUCCGGAUGGCUGCGAUCCUGGAUGACCAGUCAGUGUGUGGGCGUGGGGAGCGGUUGGCUCUGGCCCUGGCCAGGGAGAACAUCAACAGUGUGAUGGAGGGAGGGGCUAGAGCCCGUGUGGAGGUGGACAUAUUCGAACUGCUGAGGGACUCCCAGUAUGAGACCACUGACACCAUGUGCCAGAUUCUACCUAAAGGAGUGGUGUCUGUGAUAGGCCCUGCCAACAGCCCUGCUUCUGGCUCUACUGUCAGUCAUAUAUGUGGAGAGAAGGAGAUCCCACAUGUAAAGAUAGGUCCAGAGGAGACUCCCAGGUUGCCCUACCUGCGUUUUGCCUCGGUCAGUCUGUACCCUAGCAACGAGGACCUGAGCCUGGCCGUGGCAGCCAUCCUGCGAUCCUUCAGCUACCCCUCAGCCAGCCUGGUCUGCGCCAAGGCCGAGUGCCUUCUGCGAUUGGAGGAGCUAGUGCGGCGCUUCCUGAUCUCCAGGGAGACCCUGUCAAUCAGGAUGCUGGAUGACAGCCUGGAUCCCACCCCUCUGCUGAAGGAGAUACGAGACGACAAGGUGGCCACCAUCAUCAUCGACGCCAACGCCUCCAUCUCCUACCUCAUCCUUAAAAAGGCGUCAGAGUUGGGGAUGACAUCAGCGUUUUACAAGUACAUCCUCACCACCAUGGACUUCCCCCUGCUGAGGCUGGAUGACAUAGUCAAUGACCAGUCCAACAUCAUAGGGUUCUCCAUGUUCAACACCACCCAUCCAUUCUACCUGGAGUUCAUCAGGAGUCUCAACCUGUCCUGGAGGGAGGGCUGUGAUCUCAUCUACCCCGGGCCUGCGUUGUCGUCAGCCUUGAUGUUUGACGCGGUGCACGUUGUGGUGGGGGCGGUGAGGGAGCUCAACAGGAGUCAGGAGAUUGGAGUCAAACCUCUCAGCUGCACCUCUCCUCAGAUUUGGCAACACGGCACCAGCCUCAUGAACUACCUACGCAUGGUGGAGUAUGAUGGUCUGACAGGCCAUGUGGAGUUCAACAGUAAAGGACAGAGAACCAACUACACACUGAGGAUUCUGGAGAAACAGCGCAGGGGUCACAGAGAGAUUGGUAUCUGGUACUCCAACAACACACUGGCUAUGAACGCCACCAGUCUGGACAUCAACGUCUCGGAAACACUGGCCAACAAGACCCUCAUCGUCACCACCAUACUGGAGAGCCCCUAUGUGAUGCGUAAGGGGAACUACCAGGAGUACCAGGGGAAUGACCAGUACGAGGGCUUCUGUGUGGACAUGUUGAGAGAGCUGGCAGACAUCUUGAAGUGCUCCUUCAGGAUGAAACUGGUGGAUGAUGGGCUGUAUGGAGCGCCUGAACCCAACGGGUCCUGGACCGGCAUGGUGGGAGAGCUCAUCAACAGGAAAGCAGACUUGGCAGUAGCAGGCUUCACCAUCACGUCUGAGAGGGAGAAAGUCAUAGACUUCUCCAAGCCCUUCAUGACGCUAGGAAUCAGCAUCUUGUACAGAGUCCACCUGGGGAGGAAGCCGGGGUAUUUCUCCUUCCUGGACCCCUUCUCUCCGGCUGUUUGGCUCUUCAUGCUGCUCGCCUACCUGGCUGUCAGCUGUGUGCUCUUCCUGGCUGCAAGGUUGAGUCCCUAUGAGUGGUACAACCCCCACCCGUGUCUGCAGGGGCACAAGGACAUGCUGGAGAACCAGUACACCCUAGGGAACAGCCUGUGGUUCCCUGUUGGAGGCUUCAUGCAGCAGGGCUCUGAGAUCAUGCCCCGUGCCCUGUCCACACGCUGCGUCUCAGGGGUCUGGUGGAUGUUUACUCUGAUCAUCAUCUCCUCCUACACGGCCAACCUGGCAGCCUUCCUGACCGUCCAGAGGAUGGAGGUGCCCAUCGAGUCUCCUGACGACCUGGCCGACCAGACCAACAUCGAGUAUGGCACUAUCCACGGGGGGAGCACCAUGACUUUCUUCAUGAACUCGCGCUACCAGACAUACCAGCGCAUGUGGAACUACAUGCACUCCAAGCAGCCCAGUGUGUUUGUGAAGAGCACGGAGGAGGGCAUUGCCCGCGUGGUCAACUCUAAAUAUGCCUUCCUCCUGGAGAGCACCAUGAAUGAGUAUUACCGCAAACUCAACUGUAACCUCACCCAGAUUGGUGGUCUGCUGGACACCAAGGGCUACGGCAUCGGCAUGCCACUGGGAUCUCCAUUCAGAGAGGAGAUCACUAUGGCCAUCCUGCACCUGCAGGAGAACAACAGGCUGGAGAUCCUGAAGAGGAGGUGGUGGGAGGGAGGACAGUGCCCUAAAGAAGAGGACCACAGAGCCAAGGGUCUGGGCAUGGAGAACAUUGGGGGUAUCUUCGUGGUGUUGAUCUGUGGCCUCAUCAUCGCUGUGUUCGUGGCCAUCAUGGAGUUUGUGUGGUCGACGCGCUGCUCUUCAGAGACAGACGAGGUACGCCCUCAAUCCUGCCCUCGCCGACACCACAGACCCACCCCAGUGUCUGUCUGUCAGGAGAUGCUCACCGAGUUCCGAAACGCUGUCUCUUGUAAGAAGAGUUCCCGUUCCCGUCGUCGCCGCCCCCUGGGCAACUCUGCGGCCCUCCGCCACCCCACCCGCAUCGCCCUGGGGACCCAGCGGCCACUCCGCCUCGUACGGGAGAUGCGCCUCAGCAACGGCAAGCUCUACAGCGGCUCAGGACCCCUGACUGGUGGAGCAGGGGGGCCAGGAGGGGGUGUAGGGGCUGGUGGAGGUCCCUCAGACAUGGGCCCCGGGCCUCAACGACUCCUGGAGGACCCUCUGGGGGCCAACACCACCCCUCCUCACCCGCCCCAGCCGCAGGCCGCCAUGGCGCUCCCUCGCAGCUGCACGCACGUCAGGAUCUGCCACGAGUGCAGGAGGAUCCAGAGCCUGAGGUCAGGGAUGGGGUCCACGAGGAUCCCCCCCUCAUCUGCACCCUUGCCCCGCCUGCCCCCUCCUCCUCCCCCCUCCUCCUCCAACACAGACAGCGAGGGGGGUGGUGGGUCUAGCCCCCGGCGGCUCCCCCACAGCACCCCUGCACCCUGCCUACCUAUACCACCCCCACAGAGCAGCAUCGACACAGACCUUCUGGGGAAGCAGGACUAAGACUGACGAUCUAGGCGGGGCUGGAGGGUAUAUGUGGGGGCAAGUUAACGGUGACUUAACCGAUGUUUUGAGCUGCUCAGUGACACACUAUUAUGUGACCCUCUGUACAUUGGCCUCCAGGAGGGAACUACAGGGAGAGAAGGAGGGAGAAAGAGAGAGAGAGAAUUAGAGGGCUCAAAGACGUUGUGAGACGUGUGAUGAAGCAAUGGAAAGGAUAUAUUUGCACAGAUGCCAAAAGACACACCCAUACAGAAGGAGAAAGAAGGAGAGACUUCCUUUGCUCUCCAGUGCGCUGCCCAGCUGGGUCUGAUGUUAGCCCAGUCUAUUCACAGAACCAUGCUCCACUAUGUUCUGGCUUUGUGAUUUACCUGAAGAUGGCUGCUCGGUUCUUAUCUUGACUUACCAGUGGACCAAUCAGGACUGAGCUACACUGUAUAAAGUAGUCAGGUAACGCACAUCAUUUGAUGCCAGACCUACUGGUUUCUCUGUUGGUCUCUCUCUGUUCUCCCCGCUCUCUAUCUCCAUCUCUCUAUCUUUCCUUUUCCAUGGUACCACAGACUCACCUAGAGCGUCCAGCUCUUCCUCUCUGGACGGUGACCACUGGAGGAGGAGCCCACAUCAAUCCUGGAGGACCUUUAAUCUAUAGAACAUACAACAACAGAAGACUUUAAAACUGACUCAGAGAAUUAUAUGAUUUUCCAGAUUUUUUUGUUGUUGUCUUUGUCGUUUGGUUACCAUUGUUCUAAGUGGAAGUUACAGAAAAAUAAAGACUAUAUAUGUGACUAAUGUGGUGGAUCACGACACACUAUGAAGACAACACUCCCCUGAGGUUUACUGUGUGGAGGAGGUGUUUUGUCCCUCUGUGGGCCCCGUAGCUGCUUUUGAAACGACAUUGAAGAAAGCAGAUUUGGCUGGAAAUGAGUUGCAACAAAGUCUGAUAUGCAUAAUGUGUGUGUGUGUGUGUGUGCGUGCGUGUGCAUGUGUACGUGUGUGUGUGUGCGUGCGUGCGUGUGCAUGUGUACAUGUGUGUGUGUGUGUGCGUGCGUGCGUGCAUGUGUACGUGUGUGUGUGUGCGUGCGUGCGUGCAUGUGUACGUGUGCGUGCGUGCGUGCGUGCAUGUGUACGUGUGUGUGUGUGCGUGCGUGCGUGCAUGUGUGCGCACACAGAGGUCUGUUCUUACAGUAAGUGAGAGAAACAAAUGAUCAUACCAUUUCCGUGUAAGUAUAUGAUAAUCAGAGGCUUUGCGAUGUGAAAUUACUUGUUAUCCUGGAGAAUACUUGCCAAGCCUUUUCUCCUCUUUACCUCUGUUCAUAGCACAGAGAGAGAGGAAGAGGAGAGAGGAAGAGGAGAGAGAGAAAAAGGAGAGAGCAAUGGAGAGAUGAAGAAGAGAGAGAUGAAGAGGAGUGGGAGAAAGAGAACAAAUAGGAACGCAACAGUGAGGAACAGAGAGAUAAAGGUGGACUGUAUCAGAAUGACAAAUCCCUAAUUGAACUUCUUCCAUCAUGAGAUCUCUCCUGAUCUGGUAAUUCUGGGCAGCAUCUUGCUGGGGUCUUGGCUCUGCUGCCCGGAGGCUGGGACUAAAGCUUCCCUGCUCUACAUCACGUUGAACUGGCUGUUUGCAGCACAGACGCCUGCCAGAGCUCCACACCACCCUGAGCCCUCUCAUUACAGCCUGUGGAGCUUUAGAUCUGGUAAUUAUUCCCCUUUAAUAACUAAUAGCCACACAAUGACUACGGAGGAGACUGAGGUCAUGGUUUAAUGUUAUAAAAGUAUGACUGGGAAUAAUGUUAGGGUUCAAGCCUCUCUGAUGAUUUCUGCUGCCUCUCUCACAUAUACACCACAGAUCAUCUCACACACGCGCACACACGCACACACGCGCACACACGCACACACGCGCACGCACGCACGCACGCACGCACGCACGCACGCACGCACGCACACACACACACACACACACACACACACACACACACACACACACACACACACACACACACACACACACACACACACACACACACACACACACACACACACACACACACACACACACACACACACACACAUAAUUAUCUCUGUGUUCUUCUAUUGAACCCACAGUGCAGCAGUGAGCCAGACACACACAGCUGCAUAGGUCACCACAUUGUCUGUGAUCUCCCUCUAGUCUCAACUCAAUGCUGUGAAACCACUGGAUGGCUUUGUUCCAAUACACUUCAUUGGCCACCUUUCCUCAUCUCCUUUCCUACAUAACAAUUGAUCUUACAGUUUGAUAGACAAUUGAUAGACAGGUGAAAGCACUGGUGCAUCUCUAACCUGUCCUUUCACCUAUGAGUGGUGAAGAAGGAAAGGAGAUAAGAAAAUGAAGACCUUUGAGUAUUGGAACGCACAUCAAUGCCAGGGGGAGGGAAGGAGGGGUAGCCAAAGUGAAUCAGAGGGGUGUCUGUGAGGGGAGAGAGUUUACUCAACAAAAAAAAACAUUGUUUUUGUUUACUUUUCUGUUCUCUCUGUUAUUUUUUCAUAUUUCUAUACUAGUGCUAAAUGGAUUAUUAAAAGAAUGAAGUUGAA